GCCGUACUUUCUCCCAUAAUGCUGCUGCGUUCCUCCUUCUUCCAAGGUCGUGUGGGGAAACGCAGUUCCAGCAUCUUACGGCGCCAUGUUCGGUGCCACCAUCCGCCGCUUCACCACUUCAGCCGUGCGCCGUGCGCACUAUGAAGAGGGACCGGGAAAGAACAUCCCUUUUUCUGUGGAAAAUAAAUGGCGAUUACUGGGAUUGAUGGUAGUCUUCUUUGGAAGUGGGUUUAUUUUGCCCUUUGUGGUAGUAAGACACCAGCUGUUGAAGAAGUGAACAUGCUGUAACAGAUUAAAUGAAGAAAUUGUCCUAGAGAGAACUUUCCUUUCCAUGGAAGAAUUAUGAAAAGGAAACUAGGGAAGAACUAAAACUAACCACACUGGAUGUGUUUGUAAAUAAAAGUUAAAUAUGAAAAUGCA